AUGUCAGAGACAACUUCAGAGAAUACUGUCACCGUCACCGUGACGACUGAAUAUGAUUAUUCGGAGUACUUUGAUGGAAGUGACUAUUAUAGUCCUUGCGUCAGUCGUGGUACAAUGGACUUCAGCAGGAUGCUCAUCACGGUUCUCUUCUCGUUGGUUUUCAUCCUGGGCCUCAUCGGUAAUGUUCUGGUGGUGUGCGUCCUGGUGAAACAUCGCAAACAGAGCACCUUCACAGAUAUCUGCCUCUUCAACCUGGCUCUGUCUGACCUGAUCUUCAUCGUCAUGCUGCCGCUCUACAUCGACUACGCCGUGGUCAAACGUUGGAGCCACGGGGACUUCCUGUGCCGUUUUGCAGGUGGCUUCAAGAGGACCGGCUUCUUCGGCAGCAUCUUCAUCCUGGUUGUCAUGACACUGGACCGCUACAUGGUCAUCACGCACGGCGUCAAGGUGGCAAAGUACCGCACCACCAGAACAGGGGCCGCCCUCACCGUCGUCGUGUGGCUGCUGAGUUUGUGCGUCUCCCUUCCUGCUUUUAUUUUCACCAAAGAGACAAACGGGCCUGGUUGCGACUAUGACCCAGAGAGCAAGGCAUGGGGGGUGUACGACAUCUCGGCAAAUACCAUAUUGGGCCUGGUGCUCCCCUUAAUGGUGAUGGUCAUGUGCUACUCCAGGAUCAUCCCAGUCCUGAUGAGGAUAAGGAGUUCCAAGAAGCAACGUGUGGUCAAGUUGAUAGUUUCUAUCAUGGUUGUCUUCUUCGUCUUAUGGACGCCAUAUAACAUUUCACGUCUUCUUAUCUUCCUGCAAUCUGACUGGAAUUUGCUGAACGACUGCGACUCCGCCCAUAACGUGAAAAUGUCCCUAGUAGUGAGUGAGACCCUUGCGUUCACACACUGCUGCUUGAAUCCCAUCAUAUACACCUUUGUGGGACAGAAGUUCAUGAGGCGCGUAUGUCUGCUGUUGGGUGGCUGGGUGCCUGGGACCAAACGUGCACGCAGGGAUUCAUCGGAUAGCUUUUCCAGAAGGAGCUCUGUGGCGUCCACUUUAUCGGAAACGCUUCUCAUUAUGUAG